AAACAUCACCAUGCCUUUACCAUUCCUCCAGCCAUGGACUAAACUUUCAUCUGCCUGGCAGAUUAGACUCUAGUUAUCUGUAGCAGCAGAUCCGAGCUGGCUGAUUAACUAACAGGACUUUACAAGUUACCAUAGUGUCACUGCUGCUGUAGCUCUGUCGGUGCCUGUAUCGGCACUCAGUCUGCCAGUGUCUUCGUAGUACAAGGUGUAUCGCUCACCACUGGAUUAAUACUGGAGCUCUGUCACAGGAACAUCUGAAUUGACCUGGGAUAUUCCUAUGCCUUUUUCCUGAACUGCUGCUCAUAUCAACAGGAUAUUUUUUCAGCGGAGAAGAAAUGAAACGGAAGCUGUCAGCGUCAAGAUGAGGCUGCAGUGCCCAGGGACUAUAUGAAGGAGGCGGGUGAAGGCUAAGAUGUGUAAGAGGCUGGCCAUCACCCAUAACAAGAUUGUUCCAGGAUGAAGUUUUGGCAGCGACUUGUGAUCCUAUGCAGUUCUGCAUUCAUAACCCUUACAGUUCUGUAUUACUACACUGACGAUGGCCUGUAUGAGAACCCCCACAUCAACCAUGCCAGACUGGUGGAGCCCAACUACUGGCCAGUCAAACACUUCUCCAUGGAACAGGAUGCCAGCAUGUGUCACUUUCAACACACAGCCACAUCCAGAUCUAAUAUCUCCACAUAUGACGUGUACCAACAGACAGACUUCAACUUGCACCCUGACGGGUCCUAUGAGAUGCCAACAGCACCUCCUGAUUUCCCCAGUCGAGUGGACCAUGAGCUGGAACAGCUUGAGGUGAUUGUGGUUCCCCACUCCCACAAUGAUCCUGGAUGGCUGAAGACUGUAGAUGAGUACUAUGUGGACCAGACAAAGCACAUCCUGACCAACAUGGUCAACAAGCUGACCGACUACCCUAACAUGACCUUCAUAUGGGCAGAGACAGUCUACUUCAGUAUGUGGUGGAACGAGCUAGAAGAUGCUGUGAAGGUCCAUGUGCGGCGUCUGGUCCGUCGGGGGCAGCUGGAAAUUGUCCUAGGUGGGUGGGUGAUGCCUGAUGAAGCAUCAACCCACUAUGUGUCUGUGAUAGAUCAGCUUCUGGAAGGACAUCAGUGGAUGUGGGAAAACCUCGGGGUGAAACCUGAGAACAGUUGGUCAAUUGAUCCAUUUGGAUAUUCUGGGACAAUGCCGUAUCUGUGGAAAAAAGCUGGCAUGGAGAACAUGGUGAUCCAGCGAGUUCAUCAGGCAAUCAAAGGAUCUCUCAUAUCUAAGAACAGUCUUGAGUUUAUGUGGCGGCAGUACUGGGAUACCAAAGGCUCCAGUGACAUCCUGUGUCAUGUCAUGCCCUAUAUGUUGUACAGCAUCAAAUACACCUGUGGGCCAAAUAGGUUCAUUUGCUUACUGUUCGACUUCAGACAGGUCCCCAAUGAAUACUCUGAGAGCAGAGCAAAAGGUAUCACUUCUGAGAACCUCGAAAAACAAGCCAAAUAUUUGUAUGAACAAUAUCGCAAAAAGUCUUACCUUUAUAAAUACAAUACCAUUCUUGUUCCUCUGGGUGAUGACUUCCGCUUCGACUAUGAGGUUGAAUGGGACCAGCAGUACACGAACUAUGGGAAACUUAUGAACUAUAUGAACAACAGGAGAGACUGGAAGAUAAAUGUGAGAUUUGGAACCCUCAAGGAUUACUUUGAUCACAUGAAGCAGCAGAAAGCCAGCAAGAUGUAUUACAGGAAGGAUAAAGGCCUGCCUGUCCUCAGUGGGGACUUCUUCCCUUAUUCCGACAGGAACAAUGAAUACUGGACAGGCUACUACACUACAAGACCUUUUGACAAAAGGUUUUCAAGGGACGUUCAGAACCAUAUCCAAGCUGCAGAUACAUUGAACACUGUAGCGUAUGCAUAUUUCAAAAAGUGGAGGAUGCCAACUAGAGAUCAUUACUUCAAAUAUGCCACUUUCUUACAACAGGCUCGAAGAAGCCUGGGAUUGUUUCUUCAUCAUGAUGCCAUCACUGGAACAUCCAAGGAAUAUGUGGUUGUGGAUUAUGAAACUCAGCUCCUGCAGGCUUACAAUGCCACUCAGUCAGUGAUGCAGAUGACGAUCCAGUCACUGCUGUCCAAGGGCAAAGUAGAGUCACCACUUGUGUUCCGACCAGAAACUGUGAGGCGCCACUUCAAUGAGCAACCCAGGAAGCAGACCAUUGAGGUGCAGGAGGAGGGCACGAGAGUAGUUCUGUUCAACCCUCUUGCCCAGUUCAGGAGGGAGGUCAUUCAUCUCCAUGUUAGCACAGAUCAUCUGAUCAUUAAAAAUGACAAGUUGCAAGUAAUACCUUGCCAGGUGAAUCCUAUAUGGGAUGAAAGUUUGAUUGUCUCAAAUGUGAAGUUUGAGGUGGUGUUUAUUGCUGAGCUGGCACCAUUUAGUAUAACACCUUUCAUGUUAUUUAAAACAGAUGAAUUUGACCAUAACAAUGUCUUCCCUGCCAAGAUAUCUGUGUAUCAUACUGAGACUCUUAUUGUGCCACCAGAGGUCAGGUUUCCACAAAGAAGGCCAAGGAAAGAUAACUCUAACCCAAUAGUUAUGGAGAAUGAGAAUAUUAAGCUGGUGUUUGAACCUACCAAGGGUGGACUGCAAUACAUAAUAGAAAAAGCCACAGGCAACAAGACCGAUAUUGGUCUAGAGUUUUUAGCCUAUAAAUCCCAGGGCAGCGGCGCCUAUCUUUUUUAUCCUUCUAGUGAGGCUAAACCUGCAUUCUACAUCAACAACAUUCCAGUUAUUCGUGUGAUUGAAGGACCCCUGAUGUCAAGACUGGAGGUACUAUUUCAGCCCUAUCUGCAGCAUUCAGUCCAGCUGUACAGCCACCCUGAGCUGCAGGCGUCCGGAGUCCGCAUCGCCAACACCAUCAACAUCAAGAUGUUGAAGGAAAAGGAAAUCAUUAUGAGAAUGAAAACAGACAUUCAUAGCAAAGAUUCAUCAUACUACACAGACCAAAAUGGAUUCCAAAUGAUCAAACGCAAAACAAAUAAGAAUGUUCGUAUAGAGGCUAACUACUAUCCAAUGACAUCAACAGCAUUCUUGGAUGAUGAACAUCGAAGACUGACAUUACACUCCAGUCAGUCACAUGGUGUAGCUUCUCUUGAAUCUGGUUGGCUGGAAGUAAUGCUGGACAGGCAGACCAUCUACGAUGACAACCGUGGUCUUCAGGAGUCGAUUGAGGACAUCAAGGAGGUCACGUUGGACUUCCUGUUGCUCCUUGAGAAGCGGAACCAUGUUUCAAAACAGCAACCAGCUCACUAUGCACUACCAUCGCUGCUUAGCACUUCCUUAAAUGACCUCCUUCAGCAGCCAGUCAUGAUAUACUUCAGUCUUGUAGAUUCCGACAUAUUUCAGCACACUUUGCUGCCAUUGGGAUCAGCAUUGCCCUGUGACACAACUGUGGUUAGCUUCCGGAGCCUCUCCACAGCAAACCUGGCCUACAAUGGUACAAGUUUGAUUUUACAUCGCCGUGGUUACAACUGUGAUUUCCCUGCUCGAGGGUUGCAAUGUGCUGUGACUGACAGAUCAAUGUCCCUUGCAUCACUGCUCAAAGACUUCCCAGUGGGGUCUCUAAGGGAGACAACUCUCACCCAUCUUUAUGAUAAAGCCACUGUUGAUAUUCAUUCUCCUUUAGGGUUAUCUCCCAUGGAAAUUGUAACAUACCAUAUAAGGUGGUAGUUUUGUGUAAAGAUUGGAGAGGCUUGAGACAAAAACAUUCACACCCAUCAAGCAUAGAUUUCAUAGACAGAUGACAUGAAUGCCUGUCGGUGACUUUGCUGUGAACCGAUCACCAUUGCAAGAACUAAGUCAAGCAAAGAACUCCAGCGAUGACAUAAAUCAUGCACAAGUGCUGUCCUUUAAAAACAACUGCAUCCAUUUAGACAGACAUACUGAUCAUUAUUUAUUUUAUAUACAAUGCUAUCAUUUCAGUAAGUGAUACCCCAAAAGGAUGAGUUGUUAGGUUUGUACACAAUUCCAAAAACACAAACAUCUGGGGCACCUUUUCAGUUUAACUCAAUGGAUUGAAAGUGUAUGUAUGGAUUCUACUGGAUUGAAGUGUUGCCCACUAUCCAAAAUGAGGUCCUUUUGUUUAUAUGAUAGACACUAAGAUAAAUUGAAGGCUAAUAAGACAUUCAAGUGUAAGUAGUUUCUUGUAUUCAAGCUGUAUUCAUUAGGUCAUCUAGUAAGUUAUAUACUACUCAACUUUGGCUAGGGAUCAUCAGAUGUCAUUCUUUUUAGACAUUCUUUUUACAUUAUUAUCAGUUUUGUAUGACAUGGAAAGAUCAAAGAUAUACUUAUCAAAAACUUGUAAGCAUGAAAUGUGAAAACAUCAUUGUUGACAUGCUUCAAAUGGUUCUUAGUGUUAGGAAAUUACCAUUGAAUACUGGUCUUGUCCUGAUUGUUAUAUAUACUACUCAAAUUGAUUUAAGGAACACCUGAUUGUUUUAUAACUAUAGUUCAUCUAUUAUGACUGGUAGGUGUUUUGACACACAGCCCUCCAUGUGUUCCUUAAAUUGUUUUGUGUAGUGUAUUCCUACUGAUCAACAUAUUGAAGACAUUGUCACCAUAUUAGCUGACCGUAUAAUCAGAGUAUAUGUGUAUAAUGCUUUAUGAUAUUGCUGCUGCUUCCAUCCAAGCACAGUUAUUUUUCCGAUAACGUCAAACACUGCCGUAAAUGUUGAGAGGCUGUGUUAUCAUAUGGAUCUGACCCAAAUCCUGAAAGUUUGUGUAAAGUAAUUUGACGAAAGUUUGUAUUAAGUGUAAGAUCUCCAUCCAAGUCGUUACUAGUGUUCAUGUUUUACCUCCCAAACAUCUGAGGGUAGGAGGAGGAAAUAUGUGAUACUUUGUAGGAAUGAAAUCAGUUAUUACAUAUAUACUGAGGGAAACAAAAAAGGGAACACCACUUGAUGGCAGUGUUCCUUUAUUUAUUAUCAGAUUUCGUCGCACAGCACUAUUCAAAGCUGGUGAUGAAAACUGGACAAUAUUGAAGGAACACUUGAAUUUUCCUGUGUUCCAUUAUCUGUUUCUCUCAGUAUAUUUCAGCAUUCUGUCCAUUAGGCCAGAGCAAUUUUAUUUCUUGUUUUAGGGAUCUGCAGGUCGUAAUUUUUCAAGAAUAAGAAAAAAAUUAUUAAUUAUUUUUCCCCACUCAAGAAAUAAUAUCCUAAUGUUUUUAUUGGCCAAAAAUGUAAACUUACAAGAAAAUGUUUUUUGAAUUGUAUUUUGUCCCAUAUACACUUCAUAAGUUGCCAAAAGUAAAUUACUUUUAGUAUUUUGACUGGUGAUUUUGUUCUUUUCUUUUUUCCCUCCUACCUUUAGGUUUUCUGAGGACAAAACUCUGUAAAGCAAGAAAUAAAAUUGGUCGGGCCUUACCAUGUUUUCUUGUAUAAAAACCUUUUGACAUAUUUGGAGUAAUUUUAUGUUUUGUGUUUUUGUGUGAGAAUGUUGUCCCUUCACUUCAAGUAAAGUCUAAAGCAUAUGAAUGAAAACAAACAAAGUCAAAAUGCAACUUUAACAGUAUGAAAGUACAGUUUAAGGUUGCAGAUUAGAAGACAGAUUUUUUCCUGUUAAAUAUUUGGACAGAAAUGGCUAAAAGGUGCAUGCAGAUCUUAAAAAAACAAGUAAUAAAAUCGGCCUGGCAUUAUCACACUUGGAUAGUGUAGUAGUUAGUUUGGUAGGUGGCUUUCAACCAGAGCUUCAUGUUUCAUAUAGAGUUAGUUCACAUACAGACAUUAUCAUUAGUUUUUGAAGAACUUUUACAGCUUAAUUCAUCUCCACAGCACAGGAAACGAUACCAAUGGUGCUGAUUUUAUACAAUGUCAAAUUCUUAGGUGUCUUUUGUGCCAAAAUCACUAUUUUAUUGUUUUAGGUUACUCACUGAUCUUGAAAUUAACACUUUUAAACGUUGAUUGGGGUUUGGCAAAUUUCAUCAGGAUGUGUUGAAAUAAGGCUAGUUUAUUUUCAGAAUUGACUGGUAUUAGCUACUGCUUGGAUUAAAAAUCACAAUUACACAGAAGAUAAUCUCAUGAAAUUCAUCUCGUGCUAAGUAUUGUUGAAAGGUGUUUGAAAGGAGAGUGUUUCAUGAGAGGGACUCAUUUGUACUUAGAUCACUUACAUAAUUUAUGCCUAUCAAUACCACUGGAUUAUUUGUGACAUGACAUUUCAGGUAGAAAAAAUUAGUUUCAUCUAGCACAGAAUGUUGAUGUGUGAAUUCAUUAAUUUUGCAUUGUUCCACACAAAGGUACAAUCAGCUGGCUACCAGAAGUACUACCAGAAACUCUCCAACUAAUCUACCCUCAUCAAUAUUCCACUCUAUCAGAUUCUAUCCAUUCUAUCAGAAAUUCAUGAAACUUAACAGACAUAAGCUUGUUGCCCUUUCUAGUCUAUUACUGCAAGUGUAUGAUCUACAUAAGCAUUGUCAUUGUUGAUGUCACCUUGAAUUCUUGUUUUGUAAAUAUCAGUGUCUGUUCAUUUGGGAUUUAGUGAUGCUUCUGUACGCUUCGGCAGAAGGAUGGGAUGGCAAGAAUAAAUGAUUAUAAAGACUUAAUCAGAAAUAUUUUUCUUGAGGUAUAGAAUAAGAUAGCACAGCUAUGUCUAGAAAAUAUCAUGUUGUUUUAUCAUUCCAAUAACAAACUUCGUUUUUAAAUGGCAUAUUUCUAUCCUUGUUUUUCAAUUAUUUGGGAAGGUGGAGUAUUGAAGGUUGGGUAGUAGUUCUCAUCAUGCCAUGAUUUGGGGGGAAUAUUGCCUAAAGGGACGUAAAAUUAUACUCACUCUCAAUAAUAUGUCUUGGAUCACCUGAAACAACAUUAAAUAUUGUGUGAUCAGUUGUCUGAACAGUAGUACCUGUGUUGGAAGUAAGAAUUAGUGAACAGCAUACCGUCUGAUCAUGUUCAUAUAGUACACACACAUGCGUAUAUUCCAGCAUGAUACAGUGAUGGAUAUUUUUAAUUGUAAAUAUUUGAAUUAUUUGUCUGUAUAUAUUAUUUACAUUGUUUUUACUCAGCAGAAUCAUAGGGAGGUGGUAGAGUAAUGUGUUGAAGUGAUGUUUUUAAAAAAAUGUCAAAACAUGAAAGUGCUAAAGCUGAAUCAUUAAGUGUCCAUCAGAAUCACCUCUUUCAGAUAAUUUUAUUUUGAGGCUGAAAAAAUCAUAGUACAUAUAUGAAAGAAAAACUAUGUGUAAACAAUCAUGGUGUCAAAACAAACUGAAAAAUUCUACACAAUUCUACAAAGAAAUUGAUUGUCCCUUAAUUAUAAUUAGGACCCAGUAUGGCCACACUGUAAUAUAUUGUUUGUUGACUCUAAAGCUUGGGUAGAUGAAAUAAAAAUAUAUUUAGUUUA